GUCACCGGGGGGAGCGCUCCGGCCCGGGGGGGGCCCCGGCUCCGGAAAGAGGGACCCUGCCCCGUGCUUGGCUCUCGGCGAGCGCCGGGAUGGAGGAGUCUCCGGGAGAGGAGCCCGGACAGGUGCAUCCGCCAGGCGCAUCCCCGAAUCCCUGCCUCGGCGGGCCGGGAGGGCGCUCCCCGGGGAUGCGCCAGCCUCCCCGCGCUGCUCCGCCCUGACCCCGGGGAGCCGGCACCCCAGGGCCGGGGUCCCCGCAGGGCGCUGGCCGCCCGCCCGGCUAAGGCGCUUGCAGCCGGGGCGAGAGCAGCCCGGCGUGGGGCUACCUGAGCUGAGGGACCGCUCUUCAGCUGUUGGCACAGACCCGAUCCCGUGAAACCGAGGCUAAGAAUAGCCCUGUCCCCGGGAACAGGGUCAGAGCCAGGGAGCCCGCUUUGCUCCUAAAGCCCUGGUCCCGGCUCGUCCCUGCUCUGUCCCCGGGGACAGUUAGCGUGCUUUCCUCGGGAAGCCUGGCACUGCCCUCGCGCCUGCUCCCUCCCCGGGGUCAGGGCCGGCGGUAGUGAGCCGAGAGAUGGCAUUGGGGGGCGUGCCGAGGAGCAGGCUUCUGUGCGCCCUGGGUCUGACUGACUAGGGGGCCGGGUGAUGCGCGCUGGCUUCAAGAGGGGCGCGCUGCUCGGGAGCGGCAGACUGUCCGUGACCCAAGAACUGGAAGGGUGUGUGAUGGGUUAGGAAGGCAUCGGGGAACCUCAGGAAGAUGGACGCAAUCUGUUGUUGUUUUGGAUCAAAGCUGCUAAGAUGUGUCCACAUCGAGGAUUCUUUCUGCCACAGGACACUCGGCGUGGUCAAGGAAACCGAGCCUGAAGCGGAGUGAUGGUAGAGAUGAGGGGUUCCUGUGUGAGCCAGAGGCAGCUGGUGGCUGAGCACAAGAGGAAAGGUCUAGGGGCCUGCAGCAUAGCCCAGCCGUGUUCCUGCCCUGUCAUCUGAUUCACAGUUCCCAUAUCUCCCACCUUUUGACCUGGUGGGCCAUGGCCCAGAAGCUGUGGGCCACCAGGCUGCUCCGGCAUCGGAAGACCCAGCUCCUGCUGGUCAAUCUGCUGACCUUUGGUCUAGAAGUCUGUCUGGCUGCAGGGAUCACCUAUGUUCCACCUUUGCUCCUGGAAGUUGGGGUGGAAGAGAAAUUUAUGACAAUGGUCCUGGGCAUCGGCCCCGUCCUGGGCCUGGUAUCUGUCCCCCUGCUGGGCUCGGCCAGUGACCACUGGCGCGGGCGCUACGGCCGCCGCCGCCCCUUCAUCUGGGCCCUGUCCCUGGGCGUGCUGCUGAGUCUCUUCCUCAUUCCGCGAGCAAGCCGCCUGGCCGGGCUGGUGUACCCGGACGCUCGGCCCCUGGAGCUGGCCCUGCUGAUCCUGGGCGUGGGGCUGCUGGACUUCUGCGGCCAGGUGUGCUUCACGCCGCUGGAGGCCCUGCUCUCUGACCUGUUCCGGGACCCGGACCAUUGCCGCCAGGCCUUCUCCGUGUACGCCUUCAUGAUCAGCCUGGGAGGCUGCCUGGGGUACCUGCUGCCGGCCAUCGACUGGGACGCCAGCGCCCUGGCCCCUUACCUCGGGACGCAGGAGGAGUGUCUCUUCGGCCUGCUCAGUCUCAUCUUCCUCACCUGCAUGGCGGCCACACUGCUGGUGGCCGAGGAGGCGGCCCUGGGCGUGGCGGACCCCCCGGAGGGGCUCCCGGUGCUGGCGGCGCCUUCCCGGUGCUGCCCGUGCCGGGCCCGCCUGGCCUUCCGGAACCUGGCCAGCCUGCUGCCCCGGCUGCACCGGCUCUGCUGCCGCGUGCCCCGAGCCCUCCGGAGGCUCUUCGUGGCCGAGCUGUGCAGCUGGAUGGCGCUCAUGACUUUCACCCUCUUCUACACGGACUUUGUGGGGGAAGGGCUGUACCAGGGGGUGCCCCGGGCUGAGCCCGGCACCGAUGCCCGGCGACACUAUGAUGAAGGGGUGCGCAUGGGGAGCCUGGGCCUCUUCCUGCAGUGCAUGAUCUCCCUGUUCUUCUCCCUGGGGAUGGACCGGCUCGUGCAUCGCUUCGGGACCCGGGCCGUGUACCUGGCCAGUGUGUUCGCCUUCCCGGUGGCUGCUGGUGUGACGUGCCUGUCCCAGAGCGUGGCCGUGGUGACCGCUUCAGCCGCCCUCACGGGCUUCACCUUCUCAGCCCUGCAGAUUCUGCCCUACACCCUGGCCUCCCUCUACCACCGGGAGAAGCAGGUAUUCCUGCCCAAAUACAGAGGAGACACUGGCGGCAACGGCAGCGGCGACAGCCUGACCACCAGCUUCUUGGCAGGCCCCAAAGCUGGGGGACCCUUUCCCAAUGGACAUUCGGGGGCUUCCAAUACCGCCCUCUUCCCUUCCUCACCCCCUCUCUGUGGGGCCUCCCCUUGUGACGUGUCGGUGAGAAUGGUGGUCGGGGAGGCAGCAGAUCCCGGGGGCCCGGGCCGGGGCAUCUGCCUGGACUUAGCCAUCCUGGACAGUGCCUUCCUCCUCUCUCAGGUGGCACCAUCUUUGUUCAUGGGCUCCAUCGUCCAACUGAGCCAGUCGGUCACAGCCUACAUGGUGUCGGCAGCAGGCCUUGGGGUGAUAGCCAUUUAUUUUGCCACUCAGGUGGUAUUUGACAAAAGCGACUUGGCUAAGUGUUCCCUCUGAGUGUUUCCUGACCCUCGGGAGAAGGGCCAGGGCCAGAGUCUGCUCCCCUUCCAUUGUCCUCCCAUCCCUCUAAUUCUGUCCUCCCCAUUCCCACCCUGUCCAAUACAGGUUGGGAUCACAGCUCAGCCCACCUAGGGUUUCUCCUCCCCUCCUACUUGGAGUCUGGGAGGGCUCAAAACCCCAUUCCUGUCACUGCCCAAGUGUGGUGGGGCAGGUUUUUGCUGCCUCCCUAUGGUGUGGAACACUUAGCUGAAGAGAUGAUUGAAGAGCAAUCAAAACUGGGGAGCUCUGGGGGGUCUUAAGUUCUGGCUUCUAAUUGGGGGGCUCCCACACAGUGGGAGAAGGUACUUUCUGGGGACCUUGCAUGAGCCUACAGGAUCUUAGGGAUAACAGCUAAGGUCCAAAGUCAGAAUAGAGGAGAAAAGGGGGUUAUUUGGAACCAACCAGAGAGGCCAGUUCCUCCUCUUCCUGCAAAGCUAUUUAGUGCUCCUUUUCUCUCAACUUGAGAGGGUUUUUCCUCCUGAGGCUGCUACUGCUUAGGAUGUUUUAUCCUGAAACUCUCCCUUGCCCCCAACCCCAGGAUUGGUAAAUGUGAAACAAAAUGCCUUUUUUAUGAGACUUUUGCCCAGACCGUCCCCUCCCACCCCUCAUUUGAUCAAUAUCUGGAAACUCUUCCCCAUUCCACUGGCAGGACUUGGGUUUCUGUAUUUAACACCAGCACCGACAGACUUAACUUAUUCACCAGAAUAGGAGGCCGUUGCUAACUCUACCCAGUGGGCUUAGAGUUCUUAGAUCUUUCAGGGCCUGGUACCCUGUUGGCUGAGCCAAGUCUGUCCUUGCCAGGUUCUAGAAACUAAGGAUGUUUCAGCCGGUUAUCAGAGGCUGCUCUCAUAAAAUGGUUCCUACAGUGCCUUGGCUUAUGUGCCCCUUUCGACCUUCCUCACUUCAGCAUGCACUACUUUCUUUUGGCUUUGGCCGGACGCAGCAGCCCGCUGCAUCCCUCCUCAGCAGCUCCACUGCCUUGGUUCCAUCCCUAACCGUGAGCUUGAGAUGUUUUCCUUGGUACUGGGACCCCCUCUGCCCCCACCCCCUCAAUGUGUUGCCCCUAGGCCCCUUGCCUAUCUCAGCUCCACCAGGCAUGCACUGUGCCAUGGGGGACAUGAUCUCAGGAGCACCCCUGCCUGGGCCAGGAGGUCUUACCUCGGGGGUGUAAACGCUGUUUGCAAUAAUGUUUUGUGUCUUAUUUAUUUAGCUAAGUGAAUAUUUUGUACAGUGUGUAAGCAAUCAGAGUAUAAAGUUUAUUAAGGUGAAAUAAAGAAGCUUCUUAUAUAUUUAACACGGAUAUUUAAUGUAAUUAUGCAUAUUUGUGUUGUGUGUGGGAGGGAGGACCCUUCCACUGCGGGACAUGGAGAACAGAAUUUACCACUGCAUUUUUUAUUUGCACUUUCAGUGCCUGCAGGUUGCGGGUCCUUCCAGUAGAUGGUGCCAUACACCAUCCCCCCCUUUCCUCCAUUGACCAUCCACAGGCAGACAGUGUCCAGACUCUGGACCUACAGGGAUGGGGAUUCACAGGGUAGUUGCUUAAAAGCACUUAACAAUAGUAAGCAAUAGUAAAGACAAAGUU